CUUGGUGUUGCACGAAGUCCAUGCAAAAGUUCCGCUUCCUGCCCGAGAGGGUUAGGUUUUUUAGUCUAAGUUUUCACCUCAUCUGAGCUUACAGACCUCAAACUUAAGAGGAUAAGAUGCAGGAGAUGUCCGGAGGAUCCUACCUUUUCCUUUGAAUCGUUCUGCUUUGUCCGAUGAAUGGGCUGAUGCUGGACGAAUGACAGCUGAAAAAAACAGCGUUACUGCUUAUUAAAGGACUGGAUCACCAUUUCUACGGCCUCAUUUAUAUCAAAGUUCCUACUGCAGGGGUAAACCUCUUCUAAAGCACGUGUGUGGUUAAGGUAGCUUCUGUCAUCACUACACAUCCCCCCCCCAAUAAAAGUUAUGAUUAAAAUGCCGUGUAGACUGCGCAUACUGAGGGCAAGGUAAUAAGGGAUUGCCCUGAAAAAGGUGCAGAGUUUGAAUUUGGACAUUAGCAUUAGAUGACAGUCUGUCACAAUGGAUGAGCGAGUGACUUACGUGGCCAUGUAUGCUUUCGAGAAGAAGGCUCCCCAGGACAUCGAGAUGAGGAUGGGGGAUAUCAUGACAGUGGUGAACCCCACCAAGCUGCCCUACUUCCAGGGGACGCGGGAGGAGCCCAAGGGGUGGCUGGAGGGCGUCAACGAACGUACACAGGAGAGCGGCAGCUUCCCGGGUACUUUUGUUAAGUAUGUGGAAACAAGGCACCCACCAGGCUUAAAUUACCUCCAAGUUGAUCCAGGACGACAAGACCCCAGGACCUCUCCUAAAACAAGCCCUUUGCUCAGUGAGAAAAGGCAACACCAGCCCAAAUCUAUUCACCUCAGUGCAUCGACUGCGUCCCAUGUCCAAUCCACUAUGGCCCCGUCCCCUCUCGCCCGCAAGAAGAGGUUAUCAGGGUUGUUGCAAGCACAGUUUGAAAGGCAGAUUCGGACUCGCUCAACUGGCUCCCCAGAAGGCCAUGUGCUCUUUGACAAAGGUUUAGUCACUCCCAUGUUGUGUCAGCAUUGCAACGACUACAUCUGGGGUUCCGGGAAGAUAGCCUCGCAAUGCCAAGACUGCAACUUUGUGUAUCACAAGAUGUGUGGGCUGUAUGCUGCCAAUGUCGAAUGUGACAAGCAGCGCAGUGGCUACAUACAGACUACUAGAGACAUGCCUGUCUCCAAGUGGUCGAUAGAGGAUGUCUUAAAUUGGAUGGCGGUCACACAUCUCUACCGCUACGCCGAUCUCUUCAGGAAACAUCAAAUUGAUGGACAGCAGCUGAUCAACAUCAAUCAAGAGUCACUAGACGGAAUCGGAAUUAAAGAUGACUUCAACCAGCAGUGUAUCUUGUACACUCGUAAUGAGUUGGUCUACGCAGAGUCCAGACAGCAGGGCCACAGGCAGGAGCUGUCAUUCCAAGAAGCUGUGUAUCCGGCCAAAAUGCACACUCUCCGAGAAGUCACGUUCUCCACGUUACAGUGGUGCGGCAAAUGCGGGAAAUUCAUGUACGGAAUGACUCAUCAAGGCCUCCAGUGUGCAGUCUGUUAUCUGGUGUGUCACCGAACCUGCGCUGCCACCGGACUACCAAAGUGUGAAGCAAACCAAAGACUUUCCAGUGUUGAAAAUGUGUCAGGGAGCAUUUUUGGCAUGGAUUUACGGGAGCAGUUUUCGCAUCCUCAGCCAGCACCAACGGUGGUCAUGAAAUGCAUUGAAGCCAUUGAAAGCCAUCACGGUUUGGAGCAGCAAGGUUUGUACCGUCUCCACUGUUCCAUGGCAGAAAUUAAUGAGGUGCGGAACCAACUUGCUGCGAAUCCGGACGCCGUGGAUCUGUCCCGGGUCACCAAUGUCCAUUGUCUCACUGGAGUGUUGAAAUGUUACCUCCGGGAGCUGCCUAAUCCUGUCAUAGAGUUUGAAAUGUACGACAACUUCAUGUCGGCCAAUCUGGAACAGAAGGAGAGUUUACGCAUCCACACAUUAUUGGAAUGCGUGGCACACAUGGAGAACCAUCAUCGCACCACCCUGGCCUACAUCAUGGCUCAUUUGUGUCGUAUCUGUCAACUGUCAGCCAUCAACAACAUCUUCCCUAAACAUCUGGCUUCUGUCUUUUGCCACAUGCUGUUACGGCCACCCCACAAAAAGAUCAUGCAUGUGAUUCAUAACACAGAGGCUCACAAGCGUCUGUUAGCGACAUUAAUAGAAGAAGGCGACUGGGGUGUGGGUCAGAAUGAAGAUGAUGACAGCCCACCAGAACCUCCACCACGACAGCCGAGCAGCGACUAUGUGAAUUCUGGAGUGAUGGAACCUAGAACGUUGGAGGAAGCAGAUUGGUAUUGGGGUGAUAUAUCAAAGGAGGACGUCAAUGAAAAGAUGAAGGACAUGCCUGAUGGAACGUUCCUCGUCCGAGAUGCCUCCAACAAACAGGAGACUGGUGACUUCACUCUAACUCUCAGGAAGGGCGGCAGUAAUAAACUCAUCAAGAUCUGUCAUCGCAACGGCCUGUAUGGUUUCUCAGAACCCUUGCGCUUCACAUCAGUGGUAGAAUUGAUCAAACACUACCGCCACGUGCCACUCGCUCAGUACAACGCCAAACUGGACAUCAAACUGACCAAUCCCGUCUCCAAGAAAGAUGCAUUUGUUGAGGACAUGCCUGAAAGCAACAUUGACAUAGUCAUCAACAAACUGAAGGAUAAGAACAAGGAAUAUCUUGAGAAGACACGGCAAUAUGACGAGUUGUACGAAGAAUACAGUAAAUCACUGCAGAACAUCCAGCAGAAGCGUCAGGCCCUGGAGGCAUUCAACGAGACGGUCAUCGUCUUCACCGAGCAGCAGGAACUCCAUGAGCGUUAUCACAAGGACUGUCUCCCCCAGGAACGUGAACAGCUGAUGGAGAACUUCCGGCUGCUACAGCAGCGGCUGGCUGAGAUUGUCGCCAUGCGCAAGGCCCUGGAGGAAGAGCUCAAGGCAGAGGUGGACGCCAACCGAGAACGAGACCGGACCAUGAACAGUAUCAAACCCCUCAUCCUCGACCUACGGAAGCUGAGAGACCAAUAUGUCAUGUGGCUAGGAGCUAAAGGAGUCAAGCAAGACAGGAUCAAUGCAUGGCUAAGCAUGGAAAACCUUGACAACGAGCACACGACCGACACCGACUCCCUGCCUCAUCAUAACGAAAGCCUGUGGCUCAUUCCAUCAAUGUCUCGGCCUGAGGCAGAGAAGCUACUGUGGGGAAAGGCCAAGGGGACAUUCCUCAUCCGAGAAAGUAGCCAACGAGGGGACUGGGCGUGCUCUAUUGUUGCUAAAGAUCACGGCGAGGUACGACAUUGUAAGAUCAACCACACCCAGACUGGCUAUGGCUUUGCUGAACCUUACAACCUCUACAGCUCCCUCAAGGAACUGGUCUUAGCUUACCAGCAGAAUCCGUUGACCCAACAUAACGAGGAACUGGACACGACAUUAGCAUACCCAGUGUAUGGUCCCCAACCGCCCCAGGAUGUCCGUCGGUGAUACUCAAGAGGUCAGAUAGGUUUGGGGUUUUUUAUUUUGUUGUUGAAAAAAAAAGCUGAGACUUUCAAGAGUCUUGUGGCUGAUUUUGAAAUGGAGCUUAACACCUUGGAAUGUGGAGAUUGGUUGCAAUAUCGGACAAUAGCAUUAAGAAUUUGAAUUAGCUUCGAGAGAGAAGCCUCUUUAAUAUUUUACUCAGAUAUCCAUUACUUCUGUUUACAAGUCCUCAAUGCUGAUGGUAUGGCCAUUCUGUUGGGAGUGAUGUCCGUCUGCUUCUAAACUUACAGAGGUUUAAGAGCUUGGGAGUUUUUUUAGACUUGUUUUGGAUGCCGUGAAAAUUAUAGCUUUCCCUCAACACUGCUGCAGUUGCAGCGCUGCAGAAGUUGAGGCACUCAACCAAAAUGUACAACACAAGCAUACCGUGUUGGUUUAACAGAAAUUUUAUCCAAUUUGUAGAAAUUAAAUUCCCUGCACUGUUCAGAGUGUGCUGACAAUCAUUCUUGAGUCUUGUUCCCAGAAUCAGUUAAGUGCUACACUAUACAAGUUGAGUAAUUCUGACCUACCGUCUUUUGGGGUCACUGCAUUGUACGUGUAGUUCUGUCAUUUGCAACAUGUAGUUGGUGUCAGAUCUGGGACAAUGGCCACUUUUUUGUGAGUGCACAGUUUCUUAUGUCCCUGGUCAAGAAUGCAGUUUUCUUGUAGCAAAAUCAUAAAAAUCUCUCAACCUCUUUGAGUGGACUGGAAACAUCUGUAUGAAUGUCUUUCUCUUAUUCCCUGUACUGGUUAGCCUCAGAAUAUGUAGGCAUUGUUGAGUUUUAAGAAAAUAAAAUGCAAUGUUUUUCUGUAUAGAUGUUAAAGUUAUUGUAAGUAGUCGGUUUAAUGGAAAAGAAAAAGCCCUGGGCUGUAUGGAAUUUGUAUCAAAAGAGUGCUUGGAUUAACACAAUGAAUGGAGUGCAUUUCAUGUUAAUUAAAGAAAACUAGUCCAAGAGAUGGAUUUGUAAAAUACGAUAUCAGAAGAUUUGCAGGAUCAUUGCAUCCCUGGCCAAAGAUAUUGUGUGUCUGGCAAAAUGUUUCCUCCCAGACUUAAAAUUAGUAGGAAUUAAGGGGUAGAUUUUCCCAGAAACACAAACCGUUUCUUGUCGUCCCAUUGAUCAUAAAUGUCAAGGGACCGGAAAAGGCAGAGGUUUGGCCACUUGAAAAUUCUGCAUUGUUUCUACUUUAUUAUUUUUGUACACAAAGCUGACUAUCAAUAUGUGCAUUCCAUGCUGAAUAAUAAGAAAACGUGUACAUGAAGAUACAAAUAUUCCAUUUUUUUUGUGACUAAAACCUCUUGGAUUGUACAGAUAAGGUUGCAAGAAUGGAUAAUAUUAACAAUAGACAUAUAUAUGUAUAUUUUUCUUUGCUUUACUAGCAUUAUGAAGUUUUUUGUAUGUAAUUUUUCCACUUUGUUCUUGUGUAUAUUGCUGUUGUAGGUGAAAUUGUAUAGAGGUCUCUAUCGAAGCUUACAAAUUACAAAAACGGUGCUCUCGAGAACGGUAUAAAAUACUUCAUUCUUGCUACCAAGAGUUACGUAUUUAGAUGCCCAUCAGGAAAUCUAGUUCUAAUUCUAAAUCAUUUGUUUUGGUUCCUGUGUAUUAAGAAAACAGAACACAGCCGGAGAGAGUAAAACUACCGUACUUUUUUUGUACUUUUCAUUUUUAUUUUUGUAUGUCCGCUCGAGUAUUUACUAAAAAGCAAAAAGAAGCGCUCUGUUACUAAGUCUUGAUUGUAUUUUGUUUAGGAUGUCAUCAAGGCCUUAGGUGUGUUACAUAACAUAAUCUGCCCACAGGUGGAACUUUUUUUCUGAAUCUAGGUAUUGGCUAGAAAAACUUUGUUUUCAAAUACAUGCAGGCCGUAAAUUCAAGAACAGAUUUGUAUAGACCAACAUCUAAUCUUAAAAGAAUAGAAUUGUCAUUGUUAGAAAACACAUUAACAUUUCUAAACAAGACUGGUUAGAAAGAAAGGGAACCAUUGUAAUGGCUGAGUUGUCUACUAGAACGGAACUGAAAUUUUUGUGGUUCUAGUGUUGAGCCACUCUAGCUGGUUACCAGUCGAAAUGUGUAAUUUAGUUUGCCUGCCACUGGUACUCUGAAGAGUUUUAAGGCUGAACAGUAUUUUGCAGGGAUAUCCAGAUCCAAGAUGAUUUUCUUUUUUCCAAUAUUGGCAAACGAUCUUAGCUGCUUGCAGGAAACGGUGGCUGUCAAGUAACCAAGAUUUUUGUGCAUUGCCAGAGUUUACACGCGUGCCACGCAUUCCAACAACUGUUCGAAUAUAUCAGUCGAAGUUCGACUGAUCCACUUUUCCAUGUAGCUUGAAGACAUUUCACAGCGGCGGCUUUUCUAUCAAAAAGAUCUUUCAAAAAUGGGGUUUUUUUUUAACGUGUAUUGAACUGAUGAUUGUAAAGACGUUUAUAGUAUUUAAAGACCAAACUGGUACUUUAAAGAAGCGCAGGGUUUCUUCUUUGUCUGCCUUAUGCUUCUAGAAAGCUCAGAGAAGUAACUAUGUUCCUAUUUUUGAGCAGAUCUAGACAGCAUUUUGGAAGAAUCCAUAGAUAUCUGUGACAAUAAAAAAACGGAUUUGGGGCCGUUGUUUUUGGGGGGGAUGAUGAUGUCCAUUCAGUUCAGCAGUACCAUCAAAAGCCAAAUUGUUCAGAGCCCUUUUUUAAUGAAAGCGAAGAAAUUAUCCAAAACUAAAAUAAACCAGGAUUUAUUGACGUUCAGUCCUAUUGGACAAAAAAUUGAUCUUACCCAAACAAAUCCUUGGUGUCUUAAUAUUUACAGUUUUAUAAAUCCAGUGCAAAUACAUUGUAAGCAGCACUCAAAGGGAAAGAUUUUGAAAGUUGCAAAGUCCAAGUUACCAACUUGUUUCCCUGUUUAUAAACAUGCGACUUAAUGGUUGAAUCUAGCCAAUUUUAUACAAAUCUCCUAUAAAAUGUUUUUAAUUCUGUGAACAAUCAAGACAGCACCUGAUGCUUGAGAAUUCUACAUAAUCAAUUAAAUUCACGACUGAAGCACCAAUGAAUUGAGAUGAGUGAUUAAUAUCAAGUAGAUGUAUAUCAAAUUUGCCUGCAUUGUUACUGCCACGUUAGAACUGAGAAGUAUUUAAAUGGCUCACUAGGAAUGCAGUGGUCUUUCUACUGGUCCUGUUAGUCACACGUUGUAUCAUGCAAAUAUUGCACGACGGUGAUCCUAUCAAGGGCGGUGAAUCAAACUUCAGGUUCAAAGUCCUCUGAACUUGGUGCCAAUACAAUGAUUCUGUCGGAGGUUGUAAAGGAGAAAUAAACCUAAAAACAAGUCAUCUCAACUCCCAACUUUUCGUUUCCCUUGAUAGGACAGGACCACUCAAACAAAUGAAUAUCUUGCAUUGUGUCAAAUGCCCCAGAAGAACAACAAAUGAAUUUUGAAAUAAUGUCCAUCCGCUGUGAAGAAAUUAAAAUCCAUUUCAUGUUUGUGAUUAUAUCUGUAUGUGGGCUCUGUAAUUAUAAGGUUAGAGAGAGCCACAGCUAACAUGUAGACUUUACUAAUAAAGAAGUCCGUGAUUUCAUAUUCAAGAGAA